CAUGUUGUUAAUCUCCACUCUCCGGAGUUUCCAGCUGCUGUCGGUGUCCUCGGACACAGUGGUCAGUGUUUGAAAGAGAGUUACAGCUUUUUUUUGGUAUUAUCUGGAACACACCUGAACUUUAAGGCACAGUAGAAGUUACUGUACAACAAGGGCUGACGUCGGGAGAGGUGAAGAUGGUGGACCGGCUUGCUAACAGCGAGGCCAACUCCAAGCGGAUCGCAUUGGUGGAGAGCUGCUUCGGUGCCGCGGGCCAGCCUCUAGCCAUCCCGGGCCGCGUGCUGAUCGGAGAGGGCGUCCUCACCAAGCUCUGCCGAAAAAAGCCGAAAGCGCGUCAGUUCUUCCUCUUCAACGACAUCCUGGUUUACGGCAACAUCGUCAUCCAGAAGAAGAAGUACAACAAGCAGCACAUCAUCCCGCUGGAGAGCGUCACCAUCGACACGGUGCCGGACGAGGGCGAGCUGCGCAACGGCUGGCUGAUCAAGACGCCCACCAAGUCGUUCGCCGUCUACGCUGCCACUUCCACGGAAAAAUCCGAAUGGAUGAACCACAUCAGCAAGUGCGUGCGGGAGUUGCUGCAGAAGAGCGGCAAGGCCCCGACGGGCGAGCACGCCGCCGUCUGGGUGCCCGACUCCGAGGCGACCGUGUGCAUGCGCUGCCACAAAGUGAAGUUCACCCCGGUCAGCCGCCGCCACCACUGCAGGAAGUGUGGCUUCGUGGUCUGCGGUCCGUGCUCGGAGAAGAAAUUCCUCCUGCCCAGCCAGUCGUCCAAACCCGUCCGUGUGUGCGAGCACUGCUACUCGCUGCUGAUGUCCGCGGGCCUCGGGCCGCGCUCAGAUUCCAUCACGCUGCCGGGCUCAAACUUCAACAACAACACCCUGUCGGACGACGAGGACGAAGACGACAGCAGUGACUGAGAAACGCCCUCGUUUCUCCAGGACCUGUCCCCGUCCCCGCACCGAGGAGAAAACACUCUUCCCUCGUACCAUUACGUCAUUACUUUGCUUCUUUUCUCUCGCUGAUUGAAUCAUGAUCCACUGUGAGAAGAAUUUAAUCUGAGGAUUAAUGCAGUAUUUCACUUUGGAGUUUAAGUCUUUCGAUGAACCUAAUUAAUGUUUUCUUCCACUGUUUCUAAUAUAGACACUUUCCUGAGAACAGUAACUCAUCAGUAUAAUGUGGAGUUAGGUGGAUGACCAGCAGAACUCUGGGUUAGGUCUGUUUCUCACAGACUGCUCAGUUCUACUCUCAUACCUCUUCAUUAGGCUGCAAAUAUUCACUACAAAAAAACAAACAAAGGUGCUAAUGAGACUUUUAACCUGCACUGUCCUCCUUUGUUUUGUUUUUUUCUUAAUGGUUUCUUUCUUUUUUUGUAGUAAAUAAGGCGAUAAUUUAAGUUUAUAUUUUUCCAUCUAUUACCUGUACAUAUGUUACACCAAGCAGGGUUCUAUUAUAACAGAUUGUCAUUUUUCCCCCUAUUUUUGUACACUUGUCCUUAAAAGAAAACAAAAAUCCUUUUAUAUUAGUGACAAAAUGUAGAUAUUACGCUAAACCUAUAGAUUUUCUGAACCUAAUGCAGUUGCUUAUGACAAAUCAGCUGAAGCUCAUCUAAGUGAGCCUUUAUUUUCUUUUAACACAUUUUUUUCUAUUGUCAGCAGUUAUUCCAAAAAACUAACUCUAUUCUCAGCCUAUACUGUCAUGUAGUGCCUUCUAGACAACUGAACUAUGCUUUUAGGAAGGAAGAGGUUGUUUGUAACCUAACCAGGCUGCAAAAAAAAAAAAAAAACAUGGACUUCAUAGGUUGACUCAGAAACACAGAAGGCAGGUUCCUGACCAGCAGGCACAAUAAAAAGGUUAAGUUUGGCCUCGGAGAUGCUUGAAACACUCAGGAAAUCUUAAAAGGCAGAUUUGACCGUGAGGGUUUAUUUUGCCUCGUCCAAACCAGUGCAAGAAUAGAAAGCAGCGCUGGUCCCAGAGCAGCUGACAUACUGCCUCAUGAACCAGUUCAGCUUAGUUCAUGAGAUGGAAUAGAAACACAAAUGCAACUUUAAACAUGCAAAGAAGCCAUAUAAAUGUCUCAUAUCAACACAGCAUUUACCCCGCCCCACUAAAUAACUAAAUAAAUAACAGGAAAAACGUACUAAUAGAGAAGACAAUAACUGAGAAAUAUUGUUCAUUUUAUAACCCCUGAGGUGUACAGCUGCCUCGCUGUGCUCGUUUGAUUAUACGUCCAGUGUUGCAUGGAUUUGUUGUUAACGAACUUUUCAGUUAAACCCACUUAAGAAUUUCUGGAUUUACUCAAAAACUAAUUAUGAAGUGGAUGCUUGUUGUUUUGAUUUGUUUAAAGUUUUUUUUUCUAAUUUAAACAGAAACAGUGAUGGGCCAUAGAUAAAAUAAGGUCUUUAAAAUUUUUUAAAAAAAGUAGAGGUUCCCUUGUGAAUAAUUGAAAUGCAAUAAUCAGAAAGUGUUGGAGCCUGUUUUGUUUUUGUUUAUGCUCACGUAUUUCUGUGUUAAACUGUGUGUUUGUAACUCCAUGUUCAGCUGAGGUGGUUUUUCUGGAAUGAGAGUCAGGAAAUUCACGCGGCGUCUUCCUGCCGGUUACUCCUCCCUCCGCUUGCUCUGAGGUCAGAUGGCCACAAGCUGAGUCAUAAAACAAACACGCCUCCCUCUGAGAGUGAGCGAUGCCAUCCUUCCUUCCUUUCUCUUGCACCACCAUGACUUAAAAAAACCGUCUCUGGGAUCACAUGACGCCGAGCGUGACGCGAGUCAUGUGAUCCGUCACCGAAGCAGAAACUGAAAAGGCCUGUGGCUGGACUGGAACCAAGCCACCUGUCACCACCAGCAGCAAGUUAUGUUCUGUCUGUGUCUGUUUUAGUGAUUUCUCUGAAGAGUUUCAUUUCUUUAACCAGCAGCCCCUCCUAUUAGAGGUUUUUCCAGUUUUACUUGUUUCCUAAUAACUCAAUUUUCACAGCUCUUGUUUUAAAGGGAACAACUUUAUUGUUAAGUAAAUGCAAACAUAGAUGUCAAACACAAGAAACUUUAUCUUUAAAUCUCAAAUGAAGCAGAUCCUUUCAUGUGAAGUUUCUGUUUGGACUGAAGAGAAAUUUCAGCAUUACUUACACAACCUCAACCAUGAAACUUUUAUCAGCGGGAAUGUUUUUUUAAAGCUGGAAAAACAUUAAAAAUGUAGUUUUUUUUUUUUAAAGAAUCAAAAGGUGACACUCUCAGCUUGAUCUGGACAAACAAUCAGGGUUUGAUGCAGCACAACGUUUUGAUGAUGCAAGCUCAGAUGAAUAAUAGAUCUAAAUGUUCUUUUUCUGAAAAGUGAACCCGACAGUUAACCUUGUAUUCCGCGCUUUUGUCAUAUUUGCUUUAAUUUAAGCAGAGCUGCCGUGUACUGGAAUGAAACUCCUCAACAGUCGCACAAAAGUAAUUGGAUUUCUCUGAACACAUUUCAGAGACACAAUGUUUCUGAGGGAAAAAACGAGUUUUGUUGCCUGUACAAGUAAAUUUCACAAGCAUCUUCGGAUGAUAAUUUAACUUUUAUUUUAUUUUUUGUAAAUAACAAAUCUGUUUUUUCUCUAUUUUUACAGUGUUGGCAUUUAGUAGUGCCUCAUUUGAACUGCAGCUUUCAAAAAGCACUAUAGAAUGGAAGAAAGGGAUUUUCUUGUUCAGACUUUAGAUUUUUUUAAUGUAUUGUUCAUGUUGCUACAGUAAGGGCAGUGUCUGUGAGUAGAGGAAUUAUCAGUUAUUGAUCAUUAACUAGCUGACCUUUAUAGUUACUGUGGCUGAGGUCCAGAAGCACAAAGUGGGGCCUCUGGUUUCCUGUGGAUUGCACCUCAAAGUGAACAUGUGGACUGCUACCACAUACUGUCAGCGCCACAGUGACUCUGUGUUGUUUUAAUCCUGAUGAUUUUCGUACGUGUGCAGAUUUUUUUUUUUUUUUUCACUUCUGCAUUGAUAACUCUGAGGUCUUCCUGUGCGCCUCUUCUCCUUCCUCCUCUCUGGAAAAUCUCAAGGGCUUUUCUUAACACGCUCUCAGCAAAAACAAAUCAGACAGGAAAGUGACUUUAUAAACCAGGCACGGCGUCAAGAGACGGCGCUGAAUUUAUCAGGCGAGAUUAAAUCACAGCCAACAGCAUCUGCGCUUCAACAGACUCUGUCCUGCAGGGAGGUCGGAGGUCAGCAGCUGACUGGAAGUCGAGGCAAAGGUGCGUCGAGUUUCUGUGUUUUUAUCCAUGUUAAGGUAUCUGAUCAGUCGGCCUCUCCUCAAGGGGAUCAUUUGAAUACAAUGCUUGGUUUUACAUAAAGGUGUGGAAACAAACGGAUGUUUUCAUCUGUGGAAAAAAAUCAGUGAAAUGUGAUACGAGAAAAUUUGGCUCAGCAGCAACGCUCAAUCAGACUUCUUCAUAUGAUCUGCACCUGAGUGAUUAAAAACAAGUCUCUUUAACUCACCCUACAUCCUCCCAAUAUUACCUCAGAUUACUUAUUAUUUUCUCCUUGCUCAAAAAUGAACACCCUGAAUGUUUUUCUUUUUUUUUAACCGCACACGGCUUUGUUUACAAUAAUGAUGCUCACAAAUCUUAUGUGUAAUUUGAUUUUCUUUAGAGGGUUUAUUUUAAAUAGCUUGGUGGUGAAAGAAGUGCAGAAAGGUAUUAAUAAACACUUCUCUUCAGCUCA